GAAAAGCGGCCAAUAGACGAAAAUGUUUGUACUCAUUAACUGGCUAGGGGUAUUCACUUGGCUCAGCAUCCACGGCUGCUGGGCCCAACAAACGCAUAUCAAACUGGAAGAGGGUGAUCUAAUAGGCCUUAAGAUCUUUCCGGAUGGAGCACGAAGCGCAGUCUACGCUUUCCUGGGCAUACCCUAUGCACAGCCGCCACUGGGUCCACUGCGAUUUGCGCCUGCCAAACCGCACAAUGGCUGGAACCGGACGCUGCAGGCAACGACGAUGCAACCGAUUUGCCCACAGCUCUCGAAUACCAUUUAUGAUGAGACCGUCGAUGGCAGCAUUUUGCGAGCAACUUCUAGCAAAGAGGAUUGUCUGUAUCUGAACAUCUGGACGCCGGAGACGGGCUUACGUUAUGGUCAACUGCCAAUGCUGGUCAUAAUUAGCGGCGAAGAUUUCGCCUACGACUGGCCACGCAAUCGCAUCAAUGGUCUGGACUUUGCCGCUGCCGAGGGCAUCAUUGUGGUCAGCGUGCAAUAUCGCAGCAAUAUCUAUGGCUGGCUGGGACUGGGCCAGGAUCAUCGCCAGCUGCCGGGAAAUUAUGGAUUGAGUGACAUUCAAUUGGCGUUGUAUUGGCUGCAACGCAAUGCGCCCAGUUUCGGUGGCAAUGCGGAUCAGGUGACGCUACUGGGUCAUGGAAGUGGUGCCAUCCUAGCGCUGGCCAUGGCACUGCAGCCGGAUGGAGAUGCGACGACAUUUAAGCAAGUCAUAUUGAUGUCACCCGGUCCUGUGCUGUACGCCUUGGGUGCUGGUCAUCAAGAGCGUAUUAUGGCCACGGGUCGAAUGCUCGUCCAUAAGCUGGGCUGUCAGUUCGAGGAGCAACAGCAUCGACAACUGUUGAGUUGCCUACGCCGCAAGAGCACCGACGACUUGUUGCGUGCCUACGAAAGUGUCUACAAUCAUGGCAAUGGCAGUAUGCAGCUGGGUGUCCAACUGCGUGGUCAGCUGGAGCAGCUCUUAGUGAAUGCUUCACUGCCGCCACUUCUGCUGGGCAUUGGCUCCAAUGAGGGCGCCUUUCUGCAGGAUUACUGGCUGGACGUGGCACGCGAUGGACAUGUGCCGUUACAUGGCUAUAUUAAUAGCACUCUGUUGCCGAAUGUGUUGCGUUUCAUGCAGCUGGAGGCGGGAGCCAGUGAGGCACAAUUGGCCGCUAUCCGUUGGCGUUAUUUCGGCGAGGAUUCGUCAGUCAGUCGACUGCUGUGGGGCAUGCAACGUCUGCUGUCCGAGUCGCUGUACGAGACACCCUUCCUGCGUCUGCUGCAGCUGCUCAAUGGCAGCCUCAGCUAUGCCUAUGUCUUUGACCAGUCGCUAACACAUUCGAUGGACAUGCGUGGCAGACAGAAUCUCUUUGGUGGUGCCUCGCAUAGCUCGGACUUACCGUUGCUGCUCGGUCCGAGCUUAUUUCAGCAGAUUUCAAGGCGUCGCUUCAGUGCCGAGGAGGAGAAACUGUGCCGCAAGCUACGUAGCUCCUUUGCCAGCUUUGUGAAGGGCGGUAAUCCCACGCCGGGACGCAUCUACGAUGGCUGGCAACCGUACACCGCUCAGCGCCCCUUCAUCUACAGUCUGGGUGAGGCGCUGGCCACCAAGACCCUGGAGCUGCCAUCAGGCUCGGAUGAGGCGCAAAUUGAACAACUGCUGGGCGGUAAACAGCAGACAGAACUUGGCACAGAUCGCAGCUUGUCUAGGAUAAAUCGCCACGAUAGUUAUAGACAGAAUGGACAAUCGUAUGUGGCCAGCAAUCAGUUGGAUUCCGGCUACGGCAAUCAUCUGCGACGUGUUUUUGGCUUCUGGCGGGUGCUCUUACCCACGGCUCAGGAUGCAGAGCUACGCGAGGCGGGCGCUGGUUAUGAUGGCGGAGUCGUGGGUCAGCGUGUUAGAUUGAUGGAGGCCAAUGCGGAUGCGGCACGUUAUCGCCAGGGCUUCUACGCGAUGCUCGGCUUAGUGUGCCUGCUGCUUGCUUGCCUGGGUUUGUGCGUCUAUUUGUUGCGACGUGAGAUGCCGCAUAGUCGACACAGUUCAUCAUUAUGACAAAAGUGGUUUCG